ACUGGCGUUUGUGGGCGUCUUAUUUUGUUGACACGUAGUAGGAGAUUGUUUUCGUACGGCUGGAAAUCACACGGCUGUGUUAUCGAAAGUUUUGCAAAAAUUUAAUCAAUUUUCCAGUUCUAUUAACCUCAAGAUGACUCCGAAAUUGAAGAUUUCGGAAUUUGUAAUACAGCGUAUCGCCAAAGUAACGGCCCAGUGCUGUGGCGAGCUGUUCGGAAUCAUGACCCAAGGCACCCUCACCGUGCUGGGCUUCAUCCUCGAAGGUAAGAAAGAAUCCAGCACCAUGAACUACCGAAAAGCGCAGAACAACUUCCCUACCGAGGUGGAUCUGUGCGGGCUGAUCAAGUUUGGACCGUGCAGUGAUGCCGAGGCACAUCUGAGCGAGAUUCUACAAGACGUAGAUAUUACGGACAAUCCGGUCCUUUUGAACUGCGAUGAAAAUGGGGAUGUCAAGGCAUCCUUGUUCAAGCACGGUCAGUUGGAGGAGAUCAGCUACGAAGUGAUCAGUGAGACGGAUCUUUUCCGGGAUUAUAUGUUCCUGAGAUUGCAGUGCAGUUUAGAACUGUUCUGUGAGCUGAACGAGAAAUCGGUUGCAGAUAAUUCGUUCAGAUUGAGGAAGCGAUUAGCUGCGGGAAAUGUGGCAUUCGGUGUGGCUGGUACGGGGGUCAUACUGAACGGAGGAUCAACGGGAUGUCAGGUGGUUGGUUCGAAUGCGGAGGAUUCGGUGGAAUCGUUAUUGGCGUUGACAACCAAGACUGAGGACGAUGGAUUUGGUUCGAAGGGAGGAAAGAAGAAGACCGCUUUGAAUGUGGUACCAUCGGAGUUCCAAGUCUUGAACAUCAGCAUGAUGGUGAAGAAAUCGAAGGACUCUCAGGACGAGCGGUUGACAAGAGAAGCGUGCAAUGUUACAAUCGACAGCAAAAAUGCCUGUGGCAAAAUGAGAAUUCCGCUGCAGGUAGAUGUGUUGAGCAUGUUGCAUAAAGAGACGAAAUCUUUACUGUGUUAUAACGUUCUGGUGGAAAGCAUGUGCCGAUCGUUGCGCUUAAUUGAGCACAACUUUCUGGAACAGUUAAGCCAGUUCAAUAAGAUCUACGUGUCCAAGUGUUAUCAUAUGUAUCCAGAUGGGUUGGGACACUUCUGGACCUGCGUCUAUCCAGUUGAAGACAGCAUCAAGGAAGAAGAUGAAUUCCUAUUAGAAAAACGUAGAUCCCUUCAUCAGCAAUUUGGAGUACCCGCAAUUCGACCAUAUUUUCGGAAGGCCAACGGAUUCCGAUUCAGAGAAGGCAACAGUAAGCUUUUAUUCAACCCGCACGUCGGAGUCAAACGGCAAUUAACGGACGGAAGGAUGUCGCUAGUUCAGGGACGGUACAGCUACCAUCACUACAUGCAGGACAGUUUCAACGACGACGGAUGGGGCUGUGCUUACCGGUCUCUGCAGACUCUCAUAUCGUGGUUCAUCUAUCAAGGUUACGCUGACGUUCGGAUUCCAACGCACAAUGACAUCCAGAAAUACCUGGUCCGGGUGGGAGAUAAACCGGCUGGUUUUGUCGAAUCUCGCCAGUGGAUCGGAUCGACGGAGGUUUCCAUGUGCUUGAACGAGUUUGUCAAAGUGGAUUCCAAGAUUAUGCACGUCAGCUCGGGGUCGGAUCUAGCGAUGAAAGGUUCCGAACUGGCAUAUCACUUUGAAUCGCAGGGGACGCCCAUCAUGAUCGGGGGAGGUGUACUGGCUCAUACGAUUUUGGGAGUGGAUUUUGAUCGCAAUUCGGGGGAUUUAAAAUUUUUGAUUUUGGAUCCCCACUAUACGGGUGCGGAUGAAAUCGGAACCGUGCUGGCGAAGGGUUGGUGCGGAUGGAAGGGCGUGGAGUUUUGGGAUAAGAAAGCUUACUACAAUUUGUGCAUGCCACAGCGACCGUAUGUGUUUUAGUUGUAAUGUGGAGAAUUGGGUUGUUGAGUGUAAUAAACUAUUUUUCAUA